GCAGCUACAGCAGCUACAGCAGCUACAGCAGCUACUAUGGCUACAACAGCUACAACAGCUACAACAGCAGGCAUCAGCGACAACUCAGUGAUAUCCUCCAAUUCUGCCAACGCACAGACACCUGAACCCUCCGUGCCCAGUAAAACCCCCGGGACUGAACCACCAACACUGACAGAUGUAAAUCCUCACCACACCAAGACAACCAAAAUCACAAAGGGCUCAACUGAUGUCACAGCAGGACAACAGCCCACGACUCACACCAGCGUCACCACCAAGAUGAAUGAAGGAGAUAUAGAGAAAACCACUGUGACAGUUACAAGAAGUGGGCAGACGGCAUCAGGGGCCCUAGAGCAAAGCAGGAGCACAGGGACCACCAGCAACCCCACCAUCCUGACCAAAACAAGUUCUCCUGUACCUGAGAACCAGACUGGAACCACAUCCCUGAAACCUACCAGCCCCACCACCAUCACAGGCACUCAGCGAAAGAGGUUGCAGUAUUCUCUAAACAGCCAACACGAGGAAGAUCAUGACAAAGAACUGGUGGAGGUGUGCAAACGGUUCAUGGUGAAUGUGCAAGAUGGAAACUGCACCCUGAUCUGGUGGCAGCAGAACGACAAAGUACACAUUUACUCUGUGGAGAUAAAUGGCAAAAUGAAAAACAACCUUGCAACCCAGUAUUAUGAAGAAAUCUCCAAGAAGAAAGCAACAGAUAAUAAAACCCUGAUCGCCAUCCUGGCCUCCUGUGGAGCUCUGCUCAUCAUGAUCGUCAUCCUUGCCGUCUGUGCCUCCCACCACCGUAAGCCGUACCACGAGAACCAGCAACACCUCACAGAGGAGCUGCACACGGUGGAGAAUGGCUACCAUGACAACCCCACUCUGGAGGUGAUGGAGGUGCAGCCGGAGAUGCAAGAGAAGAAAAUGGCGCUGAAUGGAGAGUUCAACGACAGCUGGAUAGUUCCCAUUGACAACCUGCUGAAGGAAGACAUACCUGAUGAGGAGGACACUCACCUGUAGACAGAACCAGGGACAAAGGAAAAGAAGAACAAGAAGAAGGAGGAGACAGCGACAGGACCUGGCAAGUUCAAGCCCAAACAAACAAAAGAAUCCACACUUCUUGCUCCAUGCCACACACCUGACCCUGGGAUCAUGUCCCUGUAGACUUUCUUACAUAGAAAUGCAUCCUGUAGAGCAACUAAGCCACCACUUUAAUGCUGUUGACCUGCUCUGUUUGAUGCAUUUCUGCUGCAUCUUGGCAUGAAACAGAAAUAAAGAUCAAAAGUCAAUCACUGUGAGGAUGAAGAACCAAUAAAAUCAGACACAGUGGCCUUGAAAAUGUAAUGUUUGAAAUCCACAAAGUGUAUAGGCUCAAUAGGCAACAGUGUCUGUACAGUAGACUAGUUCCCUGUUUUACACUUUUACUGUUUUACUGUUUUAUUUGAAGUGUUGAUCCAUAUAUUUGUGGUUUUAAGAACCAAAAACCAUCUCAAUAUAGUUUUGCAUCUGCUCUCUCAGGCUUCACUCUGGAGCUUUGGUAACAACAGGUCGGUGAGCCAAUCAGAAGAGAGGAGGCUCUGAGCCUCUCUUCUGAUUGGCU